CAUGGCGGCGGCCCCGCGCCCGUUCCGCCUGCGCGGCCGCGGCAGCCCGCAGAAGUUCGGCGUGGCGGCCGGGAGCCUGCGCGGGCUGCUGCGGAAGGGCUGCCGGCUGCUGCAGCUUCCCUUGCCAGGCAGCCGCCUCUGCCUCUAUGAGGACGGGACGGAGCUGACCGAGAGCUACUUCCGCGCCCUGCCGCCGCACACGGAGCUGGUGCUGGUGGGCCCCGGGGAGAGCUGGCGCGGCUGUGCCAGCGACGUCGAGGCGCUCCUGGGCGCGCUCUGCAGCCGGCGCGAUGCCGUGGUGACGGCGGCGCGGCAGCUGCUCGGCGACGAGCGGGCGCCCGGCAGGCAGAAGCUGCUGGCGGAUCUCAUCCACAACCUGAACGAAAACAUCCCGGCCGAGGAGAGGGAGGACGACAAGAAGUGGUUUGAAGGUCUAGAGCGCCGUUUUAAAAACAAGUCGAGCUACAUGCGCUACAGCUGUGAAAGCAGAAUACGGAGCUACAUGAGAGAGGUUAGUAGUUUCAUUUCAAAUGUUCAUCCUACAGCAAGAGAUGCAUAUAAAAGGAUCAUUGACCUGAUGUCAGAUAAGCUGAAAGCUGCGAGAUACAACGGGUGCUACUUUGACAGAAGGGAGGAGGAGGCAGUCCGCCUGUGCACCGCCGAGGGCUGGUUCUCUUGUCAGGGACCGUUUGACAGCGAUGACUGCCCCUGUAAGCAUUCCAUCAACCCCUACAGUAACAGGGAGAGCAGGAUCCUCUUCAGUACCUGGAAUCUCGACCACAUAAUAGAGAAGAAACGUGCUGUUGUCCCAGAACUGGCAGAAGCUGUCAAAACACGAGACGGAAGAGAAGUGAACUGGGAAUACUUCUAUCAGCUGCUGUUUACUGUGGAGAAUUUAAAACUGGUGCAUAUUGCUUGCCAUAAGAAAACCAACCAUAACCUCAGCUGUGACAAAACCAAAAUCUACAGGAAAAGGAAGCAAAACCACAAGCUUUCAUAAUGCUGCCUCUGGAAGUGCCUCCUGCUUUUUCACAAUCAUGUCACCUGGUAUCAUUUUCAAAUAGCUCUGGUUUCUUAAAGACUUGCUUAGGAGUCCCUGGUAACAGAGACUCGUCAACUGCAGCCUCACAGUGCCUACAUUCACAUCAUGCCUAGGUCUGCUCUCACAGUGUCUCCAAUCCCACUGGCUUAAGUGCACUAAAAUACAGCUGUGAGAGGAUAAAAAUGAGUCUGACAAGGGUAAUGCCCCACAGUCUUUUGCUAUCUCAAGUGGCAGCCCAAAACUCACCACAGAACCGAAACCUGGACAAAACAUUCUUAAACGCUCCUCUGAGGGGACCUGCAGAUUCAUAUUGCUCUGAACAUUAAGCCAAAUGAAGCAUACUUGAGGACAAUUGUUUUGCUCUGUGCCUUUCCCAGGCAGACAUACACAGUUUCAGAUGUGCCACGGGGUGACUCAGGGACAGGGCUGCUGGCUCUCCUGGACCAAACCCCCUGCCCUCAUCCCUGCCAGCACCACGUGCUGCUGCUGCAGCUGUGCAUCCUCUAGAAGGAAGAGCAAGGUCAGGGCAUAUCUUUGCUUUUACCACCUCCGCCACCUUUCCCCUUGAUUUCCCCUCUCCUUUCAAACAGUUUCUGCCCCUUUAGCUGGAGUUUGCUUGAAGCAGUACAAGCAGUGUUAUUUUAUAAUGAUCAUGUUUACCUGCUGCUUUAGAGAACACUGCUCUUGCAAAGCCCUUCCUACCUCAGGUGACAAAACAGACAAGAAAAUCAAUGUUUACUUGAUUCUUUUUAAGCAGCUGAUAGCAACUGAACUUUUAGGGACUGUCAGUGUAAAUUAUGAGGUUUUUUUAAAGAUAAAAGCAUUACCAGUAUCUUUGUGUGUGUAGGCAGAGGUGCUCGAGUGCUUAAUCAAGUGAAACAUAGCACAGCCCACUGGGACUGGAAAGGCUGAGCACAGGGAAGUGAGAAAAGAAGGAGACAGUAGCAAGUAACAGCAUUUGAGGAAGGCUGGGAGAGCUACUUCAAGAUGGAGUUGUGCUGAAAGCCGUGAAUAUGCCAUUAAAAAAUUAGAUUUUUCUGUGUUACAGAAUUAAGAAUGAAAAGAAGCCAAGAAAUAUCAUUGACAGAGACAAUGCAUCAGCUGGAGUGGAAAUGUGAAUAAAUUAACAUGUCAUGCAUAUACAAUUUGUUUGGCUCACAACUUUUGAAUGUUUAACAGGCUGAAGCUGUAGAAAUUAAUAUUUAUUUUAACCAUCUGCUGAUAACAUUUUCCUCUCUAUUUUUAGAAAUAUAGGAGAAAGUACAACAAUAAAGAUCUGGAAACUUAUUGCAUAA